AUGCAAAUCGGUGAAGUCACUGUUUAUCACAGGAGCUGGCAAAUGAGUGCUCCUAAUAUACCCAACAAUACAAUCAGACAUAAUUUAUUUGAUAUAUGUCGUGCUGAGUUCCCUGUGUCUGUUCCCAUUAUAUCUCAAGCACCAACGCUAGGCAGUGCUCCCAGAAAUGUAUUUAACGCAUUCUCUUCAAAUCCACAAUCUAGAAGUGUACAAAAAUCCACUGUCAAUAAUUCAGUGUCAAACUUUUCCCUAGUCACUACAAGUAAUAUUACCCAACAGAAUGCUAACAAUGCAGCCAAUUAUUCAUCACUCAAUAAUCUCUUUCAAUCACUUUCAAAUGUAUCAACUGCUCAACAGGCGUCUAUGCCACCGGCUAAUGUAACAGGUUAUGUGAAUACAAUAGCUCCAGGACCAAAUGGAAGUUUAUUUACGCAUUUUCGACCUGCACAGCUAACUUAUCCGUCAAGUAUACGUAUUACUCUGCCUACAAGUCUAUCACUUGUAUCUCCGCAUGUCACAGUGAAUUCAAAUGCUUUAAGAUCAUUAAAUCCUACUUCAUCACACAAUCAUAUCCAUAAUGGGACAGAAAGGACAAUAACAACAGCAACAACAACAACAACUACAGCGGCAACCGCAACAACAACGACAACAACUGCAACUGCAACCACGACUGGUCGUUGUAAUAAAGUCAUGUCUACAGAAUCAUUGUUUACCUCAACGAAUCUUAUUACAUGCAAUGGAAUGAAGAAAUUAGGCGCGAUGACUUUUCUGCGUUGGGCAGCAGCGUGUACACAUGCCUUCAAAAAGGAACGAAUAUCUGUAUGGCCUAAAUCUAAAGCUGAUAUAGAUGCACUUCAUGAAAUGAAUUGGCUUAUCUCUCCACCUGGCCUAUUAGGUAUUUAUUCAGAAUCUCCAUUUCUACGUCCUGCUGUAUUAUUACGUCGUGUUCAAUUUACAGCUCCUGGAACUAUAAAUUCAAGUAUCCCUGAUGUUGAUAAUAUGGUGCGUAGUCUUCGUGAAAUGGCUGAUGCUAAGGCAACAAAAUAUUCACGUUUUGCACCACAUUUCCCAUCAUCUGCAGCUUCAAUUGGAUUUACAACAGAUUAUAUGACCUAUGUAUUUACGUUAGAAUUAGAACGUCAAGUUGUUAGACUACUGUUACGUUCUAAGAAUAUUGGACAUUCAAAUUGGCGAGUAGUACUAAGACUUGGGUGGGCGACAACAGAUUUCUACGUGCCAGGUGAUGCAUCGUCGAAUAGUGCAAGUCGGCGUGCUCUCAUUCCCGAAUCCUACCACGUUGUCUUUCUGUUCGUGUUGGCGGUCGAGUUAUCCCCCUACCUGAUCCAAUUUUCCAUGGGGGUCAAGCUCAGCGUUUAG